AUGGGUUUCAGAAUAGAUCGGGACCUUCUGUACCAUCUCAAGCAAACCAACAAAGCCCCCGACGCCUUCGCAAAUUUGCAGAUACUCUGCGUCGAUUCCACACCACAUACCGACGACAUAGAUAGCUACAUCUCCUCGGUCUUUUACCAGGCUUGGGUCAAACUUGAAUACUGUAUUGGGCAGGCACCGCAGGACUUCGUGUACGCGUGGAAUCUUCUUUCAAAGGAGGUGGAAGGGAAGCUCGCGAUCGGCGGUCAGGCGCAGUUUGAGCAGUUCAUUGCUGCUGUCUCGGCUCAUCCUUCUUCGGCCUAUUGGCUUAGCUACUUGCGUGAUGAUGCUUCUUGUAUCUUGGAAGUAACGGAUAGUUUCCUCUGUGAUUUUGUCGAGUUUGAACGAAAGAGGCUCUGUCGCCAAGGGCAACUUCUCCGUGGCAAGAAUAGGAAAGGGAAGAAAGGUGAUGACAAGGUGUGA